ACUGCUUCUGCCUCUUUCAGGAGUAGGGUUCGUUAAUGUGAGGUUGUGUCGCCUGCAAUAUAGGUUACACAACCCACCUUAAUUUCGUGAUAUAAUUUAUAAAAAGCCAAAAAAAAUUUAAAAGUCAAAAAACACAAAAAAAUAGAAAAAAUCGAGAAAAUUAUAAUAAUUUAACCGAAACGCGUGGUUCUGUGAUCAUACAACGUGGGCAUAUUGAGGAGUAUUGAAGACGUUUGUGCAACCGCAUCGACAGAAGACUUCUGUGAUCAGUCUGCAUCUGAAUUUGCUACUGCGGAUCUAGAGAAACAGUGCGACGAAAAUGAAUCCAGGAGGGCCAAACUAUCCUAUGGCUUCGCUGUAUGUGGGCGACCUGCAUCAAGAUGUUACAGAAGCUGUACUGUUUGAAAAGUUUUCAACUGCUGGACCUGUGCUGUCUAUUCGUGUCUGCAGGGACAUGAUAACCCGUCGUUCGCUGGGAUACGCUUAUGUCAACUUCCAGCAACCUGCUGAUGCGGAGAGAGCUUUGGACACUAUGAAUUUUGAUAUAAUUAAAGGGCGUCCAAUUCGUAUCAUGUGGUCUCAGCGAGAUCCCUCUCUUCGAAAGUCUGGCGUUGGCAAUGUUUUCAUUAAGAAUUUAGACAAAAGCAUUGAUAACAAAGCCAUGUAUGACACGUUUUCCGCGUUUGGAAAUAUAUUAAGCUGUAAGGUUGCUCAAGAUGAAAAUGGUGUAUCAAAGGGAUAUGGCUUUGUGCAUUUUGAAACUGAAGAAGCUGCUACUAAAUCAAUUGAGAAAGUAAAUGGUAUGUUACUUAAUGCCAAGAAAGUAUUUGUUGGAAAGUUCGUACCACGAAAGGAGCGUGAGAAGGAACUUGGAGAAAAGGCAAAACUUUUCACAAAUGUUUAUAUAAAGAACUUUGGUGAAGACUUCACUGAUGAUAUGCUGAAAGAGAUGUUCCAGAAGUAUGGAAAAAUCACCAGCCACAAGGUAAUGACAAGGGAAGAUGGGAAGUCGCGUGGAUUUGGUUUCGUUGCGUUUGAAGACCCGGAAGAUGCCGAAAGAGCAGUGGAAGAACUUAAUGGCAAAGAGCUACCGGAUGGGAAGAUUCUGUACGUGGGCCGUGCACAGAAGAAAGCUGAAAGGCAGCAAGAGCUGAAACGAAAAUUUGAGCAGCUCAAGAUUGAACGUCUCAAUCGCUACCAAGGUGUGAAUUUGUAUGUGAAAAAUCUUGACGACACAAUAGAUGAUGAACGACUGCGUAAAGAGUUCGCACCUUUUGGAACUAUUACUAGUGCUAAGGUCAUGCUGGAAGAUGGACGUAGUAAGGGAUUUGGAUUUGUUUGCUUUUCUUCACCGGAGGAAGCAACUAAGGCUGUAACAGAGAUGAAUGGUAGGAUUGUUGGUACUAAACCUCUGUAUGUUGCGCUAGCGCAAAGAAAGGAAGACCGCAAAGCUCAUUUGGCGUCUCAAUAUAUGCAGAGAAUGGCCAACAUGAGAAUGCAGCAAAUGGGACAGCAGAUCUUCCAGCCAAAUGCAGGCGGUGGAUACUUUGUUCCAACACUUGCCGCCCAGCCGCAACGUUAUUACACUCCAGCACAGAUGACACCAAUAAGAGCAACACCACGCUGGACUGCACAACCCCAAGUGCGUCCUAAUGCUCAGGGCACUGCUUCGACAUUUGGAAAUUUGCCUUUCCGUGCUGCUCCAAGACCUGCAGCGCAGCCAACUUCAAUUCGAAACCAACUGUCUGCAAGGCCAAUUACAGGUCAACAGUCCGUUGGAGCGGGUAGCAUCCAGGGCCGUCCAAUGGGUGCUCCAACUGUGUCAGUUUCUGCUCAGGGACGUCCUGCUACAUACAAGUACACAGCUAAUAUGCGUAACCCACCACAACCAAUGCCUGUGGCACAGCAACCGCCUGUACAGCAGGCUGUGCACAUUCAAGGCCAAGAACCACUGACUGCCUCAAUGUUGGCUGAAGCUUCCCAUCGUGACCAGAAACAGAUGUUGGGAGAACGUCUGUUCCCCUUAAUUCAGCAUAUGUAUCCAGAAUUAGCUGGGAAAAUUACUGGAAUGUUACUCGAGAUAGAUAAUUCAGAGCUUCUGCAUAUGUUGGAACACCAUGAGUCUCUCAAAGCUAAGGUUGAAGAAGCUGUUGCUGUUCUUCAAGCCCACCAGGCAAAACAAGCUGCAUCUCAAGGAAAGAAGGAAUAAAGGUUUAAUAUGAAAAUAGCCACAACUGGAUCAUUUCCGGUUAACUUGGAACCUGAAGUGGCUUAAAAUUUGAAGAAAUUUUGGGGCUACUAUAUACUCCUUAUUCAGAUCUUAUCUGGUAGCUUCCAGCACUAAUUUCAGAAAGAGAGAAUUAAAACGUGUAGGAAUUUUAAAAUAAUAUCCUUAAUUUGUUGCUUGUCUUCUGUUACCUAAUAGACAGGACUUUAAACAGGAAAAGAAAUCUAAGAAUAUAUUUUAAAAGUAAAACUUCGUGAAUGAGUUCUAGUGAGUAAGCCCACUUUCUUAUUAAAAUGAUCUUCUUUUAAGUGUUGCUGAUAAUUGAAGUUUCUUUAUUGUAUUUGUUGUACAUCGUUGAUUUGCAAAUAUUUUGUUUUAUGAAUGUUCUGAUUGGCUUUUAAAUUCAAAGAACAUUGAGUUAGUUUUAAAACUAUUUCAAUAUACCUUCUGUAAUAGAUGUGGGCGUAUUUUUCAUUUCCCUUCAUGCUUGUAUUCAUUUAAAAUGUCUCAAAUGUUAGUCUUUCUUGUUUGUCAAUAAUUUUAAACAGCAAAAAAAUUGUAAUACCUGAAACGGUAACUUGUAAUAUUUUCUUCCUUUACAUCAAAGUGCCCACAAGGAAAUAACAUCUGUAAUCAAGUUACAUUAAAAAAUCAGCAUAAAAAGAGGAAAAUCAACAUUAAAUUACAAAUAUUGAUGAGAGUUCAGUGAGACGGGAGGGUGGGAGAGUUUUUGAAGGUACUGAUAUUUAGGAAGUUUUCAUUUGAAAGUACGUAGUUUUAAGUGAAUGUAUAUAUUUCGUGCUUUGGGGUUUGAAAUUAUGUUUAAAAUUCUUAUGUAAUGAUUAUGUAAUUUGAAAAACAAUGGGUUAAUGGAUAAAUAAUA